AUGCGGGGGCUACCGAGGGGGAGGGGGUCCCUUCGGGCCCGGGGGAGAGGGCGAGGGCCACUUCCUGGGAGCCGAGGCAGAGGGCGAGGGGCAACCCAUCGGGGCCGGGGGAGGGGGCGAAGCCUGCUCUCUUCCGCCCGGACCCAGGCGUCCUGGGUUCCUCUGCCCCCAGCCGGGUUGACCAGUCCCCCUACCCCUUGUCUCCCCUCGCAGGGGGAGGCCCCUGGUGAGAUGGGGGGGGCGCUGCUGCUGGAGAAAGAACCUCGGGGAACUGCAGAGAGAGGUCUUAGCUCCUCAGGAGAUAAGUCUCCUGGAGAGGAGACCCCACCCCAGGACCAUCCAGAGUCUGUGGAACCCACUGGCCCCUCAUCUCCUGCCUCAGUCACAGUGACUGUAGGGGAUGAGGGUGCUGACACCCCAGUGGGGUCCACACCCCUCAUUGGUGAUGAGCCAGAGAGUCCAGAGGGAGAUGAGGGCAUCCACAGUGGUAGGAUGUUGUUAGGCCAUGCCACUAAGUCCUUUCCCUCAUCCCCCAGCAAAGGGGGCAGCGCCUGCCCAAGCCGGGCGAAGAUUACCAUGACAGGGGCCGGGAAAUCACCUCCCUCAGUCCAGAGUUUAGCCAUGCGGCUGUUGAGCAUGCCUGGGGCACAAGGGGCUGGAGCUGGGCCUGAGCCUGCCCCUACCCCCACCCCUACCCCAACCCCUACCAGCCCUGAAGGGAAGCCCAAGGUCCACCGAGCUCGAAAAACUAUGUCCAAACCAGGGAAUGGACAGCCUCCAGUCCCUGAGAAACGCCCCCCUGAAGUUCAGCAUUUUCGAAUGAGUGAUGAUCUUCACUCAAUGGGGGAUAUGGGAACAGACAUUGCCAAAAGGAGGAAGCUGGACUUGGGAAGUGGAGGCCCCCACAAGAGAGGACCCCAUGGCUUGUUGGAAGAGCUGGGGCCUGCUGGGGGGUCUGAGGACAUGGCCCUGGAGAAGGAAAACCAGGAGGCCAUGGAGGACUGGGAUACAGAUGUAGGAGAAGGCUUCAGUUUGUACUAUGACUCAUAUUCUGUGGAUGAGCGAAUUGACUCAGACAGUAAGUCUGAGGCAGAGGUCUUGGCUGAGCAGUUGAGUGAAGAAGAAGAGGAGGAGGAGGAGGAGGAAGAAGAGGAGGAGGAGGAGGAAGAGGAGGAGUCUGGCAAUCAGUCUGAUAGGAGUGGUUCUAGUGGUCGACGAAAAACCAAGAAAAAAUGGCGGAAGGACAGUCCUUGGGUGAAGCCCACCAGAAAACGUCGAAAGCGGGAAACGCCACGUGCCAAGGAGCAGCGGGGGGUGAAUGGUGUUGGUCCCUCUGGCCCCAGUGAGUAUAUAGAGGUGCCUCUGGGGUCUCUGGAGCUACCCAGCGAGGGAAACCUUUCUCCCAACCAUGCUGGGGUGUCAAAUGACACAUCAUCCCUGGAGACAGAGCGGGGGUUUGAGGAGUUACCCCUGUGCAGCUGCCGCAUGGAGGCUCCAAAGAUUGACCGGAUCAGCGAGAGGGCUGGUCACAAGUGCAUGGCCACAGAGAGCGUGGAUGGAGAGCUGUCGGGCUGCAGUGCAGGAAUCCAAAAGCGGGAAACAAUGAGGCCUUCAAGCAGGGUAGCUCUGAUGGUCCUCUGCGAGACACAUCGAGCCCGGAUGGUCAAGCAUCACUGCUGCCCAGGCUGUGGCUAUUUUUGCACAGCGGGCACAUUCUUGGAGUGUCACCCUGAUUUCCGAGUGGCCCAUCGAUUCCACAAAGCCUGCGUGUCCCAGCUGAAUGGGAUGGUUUUCUGCCCCCACUGUGGGGAGGACGCUUCUGAGGCCCAGGAGGUGACAAUUGCCCGGAGUGAUGGGGUGGCCCCACCUCCUGGCACUGCUGCUCCUGUCCCCCCCCCCCCUGCCCAGGAUGCCCCUGGACGGGCCGACACUUCCCAGCCCAGUGCCAGGAUGCGAGGUCAUGGAGAACCAAGACGCCCCCUCUGCGACCCACUGGCGGAUACCAUCGACAGCUCAGGCCCUUCCCUGGCAUUGCCCAAUGGCAAUAUCCUCUCAGCUGUAGGUCUAGGGGCUGGCCCAGGCCGAGAAACCCUGGAAAAGGCACUAGUCAUCCAGGAGUCUGAGCGAAGGAAGAAGCUUCGCUUUCAUCCCCGUCAGUUGUACCUGUCUGUGAAGCAGGGGGAACUGCAGAAGGUCGUCCUGAUGCUCUUGGACAACCUGGACCCCAACUUCCAAAGUGACCAGCAGAGCGAGCGCACACCCCUGCAUGCAGCCGCACAAAAGGGCUCUGUUGAGAUCUGCCAUGUGCUACUGCAGGCUGGAGCAAAUAUCAAUGCUGUGGAUAAGCUGCAGCGGACCCCUCUGAUGGAGGCUGUGGCCAACAAUCACGUGGAGGCCGCUCGAUACAUGGUGCAGCGAGGAGGCUGUGUCUAUAGCAAGGAGGAAGAUGGUUCUACUUGUCUUCACCACGCAGCUAAGAUUGGCAACCUGGAGAUGGUCAGCCUGCUGCUCAGCACUGGCCAAGUGGAUGUAAAUGCUCAGGAUAAUGGGGGCUGGACACCCAUCAUUUGGGCAGCUGAACAUAAACAUAUUGAAGUUAUUCGAAUGCUGUUGACCCGAGGAGCAGAUGUUACCCUCACUGACAAUGAAGAGAACAUCUGUUUGCACUGGGCAUCCUUCACAGGCAGUGCUGCUAUUGCUGAGGUCCUACUGAAUGCCCGCUGUGACCUCCAUGCAGUCAACUAUCAUGGCGAUACACCCUUGCAUAUCGCUGCUAGAGAGAGCUACCACGACUGUGUGCUGCUUUUCCUGUCCCGGGGUGCAGACCCAGAGUUACGGAACAAAGAAGGAGAUACGGCAUGGGACCUGACCCCUGAGCGCUCAGAUGUCUGGGUAGCCCUGCAGCUCAACCGAAAGCUUCGCCUUGGUGUGGGUAACCGAGUACUGCGGACAGAAAAGAUCAUUUGCAGAGAUGUAGCUCGAGGUUACGAGAACGUGCCAAUCCCCUGUGUCAAUGGGGUGGAUGGGGAGCCAUGCCCAGAAGAUUACAAAUACAUUUCUGAGAACUGUGAAACUUCAACUAUGAAUAUUGACCGAAACAUCACACACCUGCAGCACUGCACCUGCGUGGAUGACUGCUCGAGCUCCAACUGUCUCUGUGGCCAACUCAGUAUACGGUGCUGGUACGACAAGGACGGACGUCUGCUUCAGGAAUUUAAUAAGAUUGAGCCCCCCCUGAUCUUUGAAUGUAACCAGGCCUGCGCCUGCUGGAGAAGCUGCAAGAAUCGAGUGGUACAGAGUGGUAUCAAGGUUCGGCUACAGCUCUACCGUACUGCCAAGAUGGGUUGGGGUGUCCGUGCGUUGCAGACCAUACCUCAGGGUACCUUCAUCUGCGAGUAUGUUGGGGAACUGAUCUCAGAUGCCGAGGCAGAUGUUCGAGAAGAUGAUUCUUACCUCUUUGACCUGGACAAUAAAGAUGGAGAGGUGUACUGCAUCGAUGCCCGAUACUAUGGCAACAUCAGUCGUUUUAUCAAUCAUUUGUGUGACCCUAACAUCAUCCCUGUUCGAGUCUUCAUGCUGCACCAAGACCUCAGGUUCCCCCGAAUUGCCUUCUUCAGUUCUCGAGACAUCCGGACGGGCGAGGAGCUAGGGUUUGACUAUGGCGACCGGUUCUGGGACAUUAAGAGCAAGUAUUUCACCUGUCAGUGUGGCUCUGAAAAAUGCAAGCACUCAGCAGAGGCCAUCGCCCUGGAGCAGAGCCGCCUGGCCCGCCUGGAUCCCCACCCAGAACUGAUUGCUGACCUUGGGUCCUUACCCUCCCUCAGUUCCUGACCCCAGAUCCAGUGACUUCUGGGGGGCUUCCUCACAAAGUUUCUUCUCCUGGGAAUUGUUCUCACCCCUCAGAACUAGCUGCCUUUUUCCUGCCCACACACUGUCCCAAGCCAUUCCUGUUCAUUUGUAUCACCUGUUUUGAAAGUGGGAUACUCUUCCCCAUCACCAAGGGAUGAUGGUGUCCUGUUCUGCCAUAAUGAUAAUGAUUGAUUCCCAGAC